GGGCAAGCGCCUCUCCUUUCGCGGCCUUCAUCAAGCCUUCUUACUUGCCUCUCGUUCUUUGCUUCUCCCAAACGUCAAUCGACGCUCUUGCCGGCAUAACAUCGAUCCAUUCGCUGCUGUGCAACUCGCGGCCCUUUUUCGCACCGCCUCUUGUUUCCUGCUGCGACACACAGUCGGCGAGCGAGCACGCAGAGUUCCUCCCCCCAGCCGAUCCACCCCCGAGCCGACCUUGCAGCAACCCUGAGACCUCGGAGCCAAGCGAGCCUCGUCGUCUUUCAUACGCCAGCCAUCCCUUCACUCUCGUCCUUCACCUCCAUCCCUCCCGCACCCGACUACUGUACAUUCACUCCUGCCAUUGGGGGUAGUCUUUGUAAUAACAGGUGAGCCUCUCCUCCCCAGGGCCCCGUCGCGCCUGCCUCGCCUGCUCUGGGACCCAAGCGCCACCGUCGAGUGCAAGCAAACGGCCGCAUCGCUUCCAGUCGUCUCACCCACGGCUAAAGUCGCCAACCUUUUUGCACUCGCACGACCGCCGCCUGCCAUUGAACUCCUAUUGACACCGCCCUCCAGAUUUCCGCAUUGGCCGGCCUCGACGGAACAUCACUACGUACCUUUACCCUAAUAAUCACCCCGGACACCGUCCCCUGCCGCCAUCAUGGGUUGCGGAAUGAGCACAGAGGAG